AGAUUUUUUAGAGUGUAUACGGUUCGUGCACUCUUGUUACGCUGAAUGCAUUCUAGUUACCCUGGGCGCACUUUUGUUGCGCUGAGUAUAUUUUGGCUUUGUUGAAUGCGAUCUUAAUUAAAAUUGUCAAUAUAGCGUCAUUUGACUUGGAAACGCUUUAUGCUGCUAUAUUAACAUUUUUAAUUACCUCUGUAUAUAUGUAUGUAUGUGCAUAUGUUCUUUAUAUCAAAUAAACGUGUGCGUCUCUGAUUUAUAAACACGUAUGUAUGUAUGUAUGUAUGUGCACAGGUACUUUUGUAUGCAUUAAGCCCUUCCGAAGCCUCACCUUACUGUAUUGUUAUAUUAAUCACCAUGUUAGAGAUUAAUAUUUUCUAUGCUUUAUCUGUGUCCACGCUCAAACCAUUCUCAGAAAAGAUUAUUCAACUGCAUUAUAAAACUUCCUAGUUAGUAUAUACAUACGAGUAUAUAGUAUAGCAAAUUUGUUUUCUAGACUACAUUCGAUAAUGUAAAUUUCAGUAGCCAACUGUCACUAUUGGCAAAUACAUAUACACUUUACUCGGAAGGUGAAAAAAUCCAUUUCAAGAUAAGCUAUCCAAAUAAUCUCUCUAAUCUUUUAAAGAAGAUAAACAACAAGUAGGAACAUCGGCUAACAAAUGAUGAUAAGUGCAGCGUUAUUACUGUUACUCACAGUUUUUUCAGUUAGAUUUCAUAGCAUGAUGAGCUCCAGUUGGGAUCGUGUUCGCCUACGUGUCGAAACAAAAGAGGGUUUUGAACCGGCUGUCGAAACUAAUGUGAGUGCUGAUGUACGUACCAUAUCUGCACAUAUACUGGACACCACAGUGGGUCAGGCUGCACCAAAUGUUAAUAUUACAAUUUAUCGCCUAGAAGGUGGCGAUGAUUGGCAGAAACUGAAUGUUGAAACAACGAAUCAAGAUGGGCGUGUAAAUCAAUUAGUGAGUGCUUCGCAAUACAAAGCGGGCAUCUACAAGUUGCAUUUCGAUGUGGCAUCAUAUAACGCAGAACGUGGAGUUAAAAGUUUUUAUCCUUUUAUUGAGAUUGUCGUACAAUGUGAACGGAAUCAACAUUAUCAUAUUCCGUUACUGUUAAAUCCGUUUGGUUACACAACCUAUAGGGGUACUUGAAUGUUAAGCUGAUUAAUGAAUUACUAAACUAAUAUUUGAACACAUAUGGAAAUAAAUGAUGGUUAUAUAU